AUGGCAAACAGCAUAUACCAAUACUCCGUACUAGGAGCUCUCAUGAACGGCAUCUGUCAAGAUGGAACGACGGCACAAAACAUCCUCAAACAUGGUGACCAUGGCAUCGGGACCAUCCGCGGUCUUAAUGGCGAGUUGGUGAUCAUCGACGGGGUAGCGUAUCACUUCCCAGCGAACGGACCCCUACGCCCCGUCGAGGCCGCAGACAUCAUCCCAUUCGCGAUGACUACCAGGUUCCAGCCCACGCUGACCAGCCAUGUUCCGUGUAUCUCCAUGUCUUCUCUGUUUGACUCCCUGUUACCUGUAUUUCCUGAUGAGCAGAACGUCUUCCUCUCAGUCCGCCUUGUUGCCUCAUUCUCGCGGAUCGUCUUUCGCGUAAUCCCGGCACAGUCCAAACCACGGGAAAGCCUUUUAGCUCUGGCAAAAAGGCAGGAGAUCCGGGAAUGCACACGUAUACAGGGGACGCUGUUCGGGUUCUGGUCACCCAGGUAUACCAGUGGGUUUAGCAUCCCAGGAUUUCACUUGCAUUUGCUGUCCGCGGAUCGUACUGUGGGUGGCCAUGUUAUUGAUUUUGAUGCGGAGGAUGGGCAGCUGGCCGCAGCAGUGGUGAGGAAUUACCAGGUGGAGCUGCCUGCUUCGGAGGAAUUUCGCGAGGCACCCUUGAAUUGUGUGAAGGAGCAAGAUCUGCACACUGCUGAGGGAUCUCCCGCGCCUCGUUAA